GGUGUACCAAGAAGUCUUACUACGGAUGAGGCACAGUUUGACCCUAGCUGCAGGCUAUUGAAAUCAAGCUGGCAUGGUCGUUCACAAAUUACCUCAAGCCUCAAAAGCCUCCUGAUGCAAAAACAAAAAAAAAAAAAAAACUUCAACUUGGCAAAAAACUCGGCAACCAAACAGCCUAUAAAACUCUACCACGACUAUCAGAUGCAGCAAGGUCGUCUCACCAACAAUUAA